GUCCACACCCAAUCGCUCACCAUGGAUCCCCUAGAAAAGUCCAUUCUAGAUGGCACCGCCUUUCGAGGCCCUCGUACCCCGUCACCAACUCGAUCCGCCUCUACUGCAUCACCCACUCCUUCUGCGUCGCCCUCCUCCUCUCGCUCCCCUUCCCCUGUCUCCAUGCCUGCAGGAGCACCCCAACGCACCUCAGGCCCACAGACUGGGCCAAAGGGAGUCAAGGCAGAUCGAGAUCAUGCGAGGGAGCUCGAGAGGGAUGGUAGGAGAGAGGCAAGGAGAGCCAGGGAUGCGGAGCUGAGCAAGAGGGCGAUGCUUGCAGGCGAUUGGAGGGAGCAGGAGAGGCUGCAGAAGUCGGAGGACAGGAGAAGGAGGGAUCAAGUUCGCGUGGGCAGCAGAGAGGAGCAAGAACGAGAUGGAUCAGACCUCGACAGCGACGACUUGGACGAGGACGCCGAAGCCGUCUCAGCCUUUCGUCGAGCGAGGAUACUCGAGCUGCAAGGAGGGCAAGGCACCUCGGCGUCAUCGUCACAGCGAGCGGCGACGGCCACGUACGGCCAGCUUCUCGAAGUAGACGGAGACGAGUAUGCCAGUCAAAUCGACGAUGUGCCGAUAGGCACGUCAGUCGUGGUCCACAUCUAUUCACAUCUCUCCCCAACCUGCCACACCCUCUGUUCCUCCCUCUCCUCCCUCGCGCAACUUCACCCGGCCACCAAGUUUCUGCAAGUCCCAGCCUGGCAAAUAGGAUUCGGCCUCUCGUCUUCCUCGGCCGCUCGCCUCUCAGACGACGACGAAGAAGAAGAGAGCGAAGCCACGCUGCAUCGUCGCGCAGAAGCAAUAGAGCAAGAAGCUGCCGCUGUCACGCCCACGAUCUUGAUCUACAGGGACGGGCAGCUCGUGGCGAAUCUGGUCAGGGUGGAUCUCAUUCCGAGAGAGGAGGGUGGGGUGGGCAAUGGGGCAGAAGAGGAGGUUGUGUUGAGGUGUUUGAGAUUGCACGGGGCGGUCUGAGCUACGAGCGCUACAUGAGAGGAAAACGGCGCGUAAUGGAUUGUCUGUGCGGUGGCUGCUGCAGG